AUGGACACGUCGUACCCCCGCGAGGACCCCCGGGCCCCGACGGCCCAUAAGGCAGACGGCGCCGCCCACACGGCCCUCACUCUGGGGGCGCCCAGACCCCCACCUCGAGACCACUUGAUCUGGUCGGUGUUCAGCACGCUCUACCUGAACCUGUGCUGCCUCGGCUUCCUGGCGCUGGCCUACUCCAUCAAGGCCCGGGACCAGAAGGUGGCUGGAGACCUGGAGGCAGCCCGCCGUCUGGGGUCCAAAGCCAAGUGCUACAACAUCCUGGCCGUGAUGUGGGCGCUGGUACCGCCGCUGCUGCUGCUGGCACUGGUGGUGACGGGCGCCCUACACCUGUCGCGGCUGGCCAAGGACUCCGCUGCCUUCUUUAGCGCCAAGUUCGAUGACUCGGACUAUGACUGACAGACUGGGCCUUGUCUGCGUCCUGCCUGCGGGCCCUGACCCCAGGACCAAAUCCCAGGGCCCUGCUCCGGGGACUCCACCCUGACCCCCUGGAACCCUAUCUCCACCAUCUCAUCCUGGGCACCUAAUGCUGACCCCAAAGAUCCCUUGUUUGGACCCCAGUGGCCUCAACUCCAGCCCUGAUGGUCCCCGCUCCCCUACCUCCUUGUGCCCAGGCUGGACCCUCCCUCCUCAACCCAGACU